GAGGUCAGCAGCUGUUCACUGGUUUGUACAUUUCAAACGCAGGCUUUAACACAGUCUGUGUCUUUAACUUCUCAUAAUUGGUCAGUAUGGAGCUCGGUCAACUUCCUCUUGUGCUCUUGUUGAUUUCAAAUAUCCACUCUGGACACACUGAAGUUUCCAGAGCAGUUUUAAGUGUUUCUCCACAGAAGUGGUUGACUGAAGGAGAUCCAGUGACUCUGAUCUGUGAGGUUAACAGCUUCUCUACAGACUGGACAUUCAGCUGGUUCACUCUAACUGCAUCAGACUACGACAAUCAUUUUCAGCUGCUCUCAGACAGCAGCAGAGGAGCUGGAGGAAACUACACUGUCAGUUCUGCUGCUCUAAAACACACAGGAGUUUAUGUGUGCAGAGCGGAGAUAGAAAAAACAGCCUAUAAAACAACCUACAGCAACACACAGCCAGUAUGGAUCACUGGUGUUUCUCCUCUAGUCUCUCUGAUCAUCAGUCCCAACAGAACUCAACACUUCACAUCUGACUCUUUCUCUCUGAUCUGUGAGGACCAGAGAAACUCUGAUAGAUGGAGAGUGAGAAGUUACACAGACCAUUAUGGGAUGGAAGAUUGUUCUUCUGACUGGACAUCACAAGUACAUACAUGUACAUUCGUCUCCAUCACCACAUCAAACACUGGAGUGUACUGGUGUCUGUCUGAAUCUGGAGAGAACUCUCAUCCUGUUAAUAUUACUGUACACUAUGGUGUGAUUCUGGAGAGUCCUGUUCAUCCUGUGACUGAAGGAGAUACUCUGACUCUACGCUGUUUAUAUCAACAUUCAACUCCACCAAACCUCAGAGCUGAUUUCUAUAAAGAUGGAUCACUCAUCCAGAGUCAAACUACAGAGAUGAUCAUCUCUACUGUCUCAAAGUCACAUGAGGGUUUCUACUACUGCAAACACUCAGAGAGAGGAGAGUCACCCAAGAGCUGGAUCUCAGUCAGAGGUGUUUCUCCUCAAGUCUCUCUGAUCAUCAGUCCCAGCAGAACUCAACACUUCACAUCUGUCUCUCUCUCUCUGAGCUGUGAGGACCAGAGUAACUCUGAUAGAUGGAGAGUGAGAAGAUACACAGAUAGUGGACAGUGGGAAGAUUGUUCAUCAUCAUUGUGGGGAUCACAAACUGGAUCUACAUGUACAAUCAGCUCCACCAACACAUCAGACACUGGAGUGUACUGGUGUCAGUCUCAAUCUGGAGAGAAAUAUCAUCCUGUUAAUAUAACUGUACACUCUGGUGUGAUUCUGGAGAGUCCUGUUCAUCCUGUGACUGAAGGAGAUACUCUGACUCUACGCUGUUUAUAUCAACAUUCAACUCCACCAAACCUCAGAGCUGAUUUCUAUAAAGAUGGACCACUCAUCCAGAGUCAAACUACAGAGAUGAUCAUCUCUAUUGUCUCAAAGUCACAUGAGGGUUUCUACUACUGCAAACACUCAGAGAGAGGAGAGUCACCCAAGAGCUGGAUCUCAGUCAGAGUGUCUCCUUCAGAAUCUCAGGUCUCUGUCCUCCACACACUCAGUUCUGUUCUGGCAGUUUGUCCAUAUCUGCUAGUGACAGUCGUGCUGAUUUUCAAAUGCUGCAGGAUGAGAGUUACAUCUCUUAAAGAGGAAGAAACUGCAAUCUGAUAUUAAUCUGCUGUGAUGGAGUGAUUUUUGGCAUCUCACUGCUGUUAAAGUAAACAUGAACCAGCAUCGCAAAAAAAUUAUAUUCAGGAUAUUCAGCGAGAAAACAUGUAGAGCAGAACAUACUUUUAUCCAUCAGGAUUUAACUGGAUUGUAAAUAUAUGCUGUUAUACAUUGUUUUUCUUUCGAAUAGCUAAGAAAAUAAAUAAGGUACAUUUUGAUUUCAUAAUGAUUUUAAAAAUAGACAUGGAUGUCAAUCUACAACACCUCUUUGUUUGUUUUUAUCAAAUGUCUCUCUGUGGCCUGACAACACAGAGACUGAACUAAACUGUUUAUUCAUAAAGUUUUGGAAAGCUUAUUUUACAGUACUGCUGUUUCAGUUGCUUUUCAAUAUUUGUUUAUCAUAGAAGUAAAAGUUAACUUUUUUUCUGCUUUAAUGUCAUAAGUAGGGGUGUGUGAUAUUGAUAAAAAAUACUUAUAUGUCUGUUUUGGGGAUUUUGUUGAUAACAAUAAUUAUAUAUAUAUAAUAUAGAGAGAGAGAGAGAGACUCUCAAGGCAUGUUUUUGUUUAGUUUUUCCAAAAUGAGUGACUGUCACCUCACACAUUGUUAAAACAAUAUAUACAAUAUUAUCAUAGAUGGUACAUUUUGAUUUAUAAAUGUAGCAGAUGAUUUUAUCCAAAGUAACUUAUAAAUGAGGAAUACAACAAGAGAGUAGUGCUGAUCUGUAAGCAAGCAUCAGUGUCUUGAAACGUGAUACGGACAGCAACCAAUAGCCAGUGAAGACAGACAAAGAGACAAGGUAUCUUGGGCUCUUUUAGCCGCAUUAAAACCAGUCAUGCUGUUGCGUUCUGGAUCUUUUGAAGAGGUCUGAUUGCACAUGCUGGAAGUUCAGCCAGAAGAGCACUGCAGAAGAUGACAAGGGUCUGGAUGAGGAGUUGUGCUGCAUGUUCAGUUAGGAAGAGGCUGACCUUCCUGAUGUUGUUCAGUGUAAACCUGUCUUUGUAUUAUGGUCUUUGAAGUUCAGAUGGUCAUCAAAGAUCAACCCAAGAUUUCUGGCAAAUCUGGUUGGGUUUAAUACUGGUGAUUCUAGUUUAAUUGGUUAAAUUUUGCUGUAUUGUUGGAGUUGCUACAGAAGACAAGAAGUUUUGUCUUCAGUAGUUUGAGUUGAGGGUCAUGUUUUUCAUCCAGGCUGUGUAUCAUCAGCAUAGCAAUGGUAUAUAUUGCACAGUCCUUUAGAAUAUAAGACUCAGUAUAUCUAUGUUACGUAGUCUCUGUGAUGUUUGCCUACUUCACAAAUGUAUAUUGUACAGUAUAUUCAUCUAUAUUCUUAAUUCCUAAGUUUCCUGAUUUGUAUCGCUGUAAUUGCCUGUAUGUUUUCUUUAUUUCUUUCAGUCUUUUUUUGAACGGUUUGUUUCCUUUUUUUAAAUAAA